GAAAAAAAUGGAAGACAAACAAUUUGUAAAAAUAUUCAUAUUUACAUUUUAGAGUUUAGAUAUCGCCAGGAAAUUCUAAACUUUUUUUGCCCACAUGGAAUAGUAUUGUCAGCAAUUUUUGAAGGGAUAACCUAUGAUUGAAUUCAGCAAUGAUAAACCAGAAAAGAAAAAGGAACGAGAUCCCAAUGCUCCCAAGAGACCUCUUACUCCCUUCUUCUUAUUUAGCUAGAAAUACCGUGAAAAGGUUUUGGAAAGGAAUCCAGGUAUUGAUUAGAGUGAUUAUUCAUUAGAAGUAAAACUGCCUCAAAUUUCAUAAAUGGCAGGCUAAAAAUGGAAUUCUAUGAGUGAGGAAGAGAAACAAGUAAACAUCCUUCUAAAUAUAUCAGCCUUACGUUGAUUAAUACAAUGAAGCCAAAUAUUAAUAUGAUGAAGACUUAAAAGAAUAUAAUGAUAAAUAAGGUAUAAAUACAAAUGAGAAAAAGACAAAGAAAUCUGAAAAGGUAAUACAAAUAAUAGGGUUAGUUUGAUGAUAAAUCUGCGAAAUUAGGAUAUGAUUUCCCUUUUGAUAAUGUAGAUUCUGAAUCACUACAACCAGCAGCAAAACAUUAGCAAUAAAUAAAACAAUAAUAAACAUAGAAGAAAGUCAGUCAAAACAUACAGUCUGAUGAUGACUAACCAAUAUAAUAAACCACAUAAAAUAAGUAGUAAAAAGUGAACUCUUCUAAAUCCAAAAAUAAUUAGGAUGUGGAUGAUGAUCUGCAAAGGGAAAUUAUCUAAGUAAUUAACAAUGAUAAAUCACAAAAGAAAUAAAGAAAGAGAUGAAUUAUAA